UGUUACGUGAACGGUGAACGUAAAGCAAGUACUUAUGACUUGUGUCGUCAGUAAAACUUUUACUGUAAAAGCAGACAAUAAUCUUGAUUAAUUUAUCAAUAGCGACAAUGUGAUGACACUUGGCGCCUUCGUCGAAACUUGCAACUAAACGGGCCAGUAAAAAAAAAGUUUAAACCACCCAGAUUGUGAAAUACACCGUUUUUGAGAAACCUAUUUGCCCGUUGCAUCAGCUAAAUGAUUACAAUUACGAACUGAUGAUAACGUGCAGCACAUGAAGUUUCAGUUUCUCAUGGUGUAAGAAUCCGAUCUUAUGCUGCAUGUCCCGGAACUCCACGAAUUUCACGAUAACCCUUUCCAUCCAGUGCCAGGCGAGCGCGAUCAUGUGGCGGUUUUUCACGCUCCGUCGGAAGAGGCUGUCAUUGUUCCUCGCGGAAAUUCGGCCAGACAAUCCAUUCAAGAGCAUAUGCGCACCGCUUUCCAGAAACGCCCCAGCGUCGCACCACACAAAUCUGAAGACAUUAAGGUCAUUCCCUACGUCGACUUUCGUCAAGUACUGGGUGUUGCGGUGCUGAUAACAUGGCCAGUUUUACUUGGUGUGGCAUUUAACGUCUAUGGAUUCGAAGAAGUGUCAGAAAAUCUGAAAAUUGUUGUUGAUGUCAGGAAUUUCCAGCAUCGUGUUCGCGAUGUGCAGGCUAUUGUGGAUUCUUUGACGCAUGUGCAAGAAAGUUUACUGCGCGGAUUGUUAGCUUUUACCCCGGGAAAGUCAGUGGAGUUCGACGAUGAUGGUUACAACGAAGCCGUGCAAAAACUGCAAAAGCUUGAUGAAGAUUACCCAGAGUUACGAGAGCAACAUAAACGCAACACUCCUCAGCGGCAAAUCAAAGCGCUCCAAAGAUGGAAAACACGGUUGAGUACUUCCCAAACAAUUGUGGACCCCGAUUCGAUUUCAACUAACAUUUCUACUAUUAUUCGGAAUCUUCGCGAAUUCUUUGCAGCUCACCAUGUUACUAAUGUACGUGGCGGGCCAACAUGGAACAAUAUACUUCAGGAACUAGUUCAAAAUGAACUAGUUUACCGACUGAACGAUACGCUAUCAUUCGGUAAAUUCGCUUAUGACGGACCACCAAUCACCGAGCGUCUCCGGUUGACCGUCGUUCGGCGGUACAUGCGGAUCAUUCGGGCCAUGGAAAUGCACGAACGGUACGCGUACCCUCAGUUCAAGCUGUCAGGAAUAAAGGAAUCAUGCAGCGACUGCGAAUGGACCGGUUUCCGGUACCGAAGCAAAGAGUUCUGGUUGCAAGAGAUGUUCGCCUUGAUAAGUUUGGACAACACUACAAUCUUAAAUCUUGCGCGUCAGCGUGCCCUCAAUGCCGGAGUUUCGGAUUUACGCAGCGAUUCCCCUACGCAUGUUCUCUUCAGUCAGGUUUUGGUGGAUGGGUUUUAUGCCGCCGACAGAGCCCAGUCACACUGUAAAGCGUUUGUCACCGAGAAAUUCCGCAUUGACUUGCACGACGCAAUAUUGAUCUUUGUCAUCACUCUGCUAUUGCUGUUGUUAAUGGUCUUCGUGUUGAUUAAUCUGCUUGGACUUUUUGGAACAAGCCUCAUGAGCAUCUUCUCGGAAUCUUACCGUUUUCAGUGGAUUCAGCUGUGCCGAAGGCGAGCUAUUGAGAAGGAAAAGCUCCGCUCCGACAAGAUUGUGUCCGAAAUGUUUUUUGAGGUUAAUUUCAAGUACCUGUAUGAAGGGACAUUGCCGCCGGUUGUUCUCUACAGUGAAGCCACGGUGGCAUUUGUGGAGCUAAUGCAGUACGAAGAGCUAUGCAAGAUUUACAAUACCGCGGAACAUGUUGCCUUGCUGGAUUGGUAUUACCACCUUGUUUCAAAUGCUGUUAAGGGAUUCAACUGCAGUGUUGUCGCCACGGCUGGUCACUAUUGCUUACUGGCUGGAACGCAUGCUUACCACGCCCAGAAUGUUGCUCUCGCGAUGCUGCGGCUGAUGACCAUGGCAAAAGACAGUUUCCUCCCUCCACCUCAUAACUCGCGACUGCCACUUGUCAAAGCAGGCAUGCAUACCGGUUCGGUAGCGGGUGCAAUUUUAAGCCUCAAAUUCCCUUUAUUCACCAUGCUGGGUGACACGGUGAAUACAGCAUCCCGGAUGAAUUCUAAAAGUCGACCUUAUCGAAUUCUUCUGAGCGAGACCGCCUAUGAGAUUGUAUCCCCCAACUUCGAGACAAAGCCGGCCGGAACGUUCGACGUCAAGGGAAAGGGCAAGAUGAAAACGUUCUGGCUUUUAUCGUGUAACUGGAGAGCCUUUGCUUUGUACCAAGUUGACUUAAACGAAGCGGAAGAACUAACAACGAUACACACGUUACAUGAUAACCAUCGUGCUCAUGGUCAUACGCGAACUGCUUUCGGACAAGCCACCCAUGAAAGAAUAUUCGGCAACAGCGGGGCCGGUCGACACAGCUCUAUGCCUGGGGAAGAGAGCAUUGGUGGGGUGGUCGUGCAAAGUUUGCUGCGCUCCCAAUCGAAGAAGCGGAAACACGACACGAAGUCGGUCAGACGAGUGACAUAUGACUUCCACGAGGGACAGGUCGUCAAGCCGCCCCCGCCAGUCGUAGCCGAAGAAAGGCCCCCUGAGAAGACGGCCUUUACAGGUGGGCGAUUCCGGCGCUUUUUUUCCAAUCGAGUGGCGCCCGGGUCAGACACUAAUAAUCCCACCCAUCUUUCAGCUAAGGUCGACGUCAAAGCCUCUCCCCAUGAAUCGUAUUACAUACAGGUUUCCAAUAGUCUAUAUAUGCGCUCCUGGAAGUCCAAGUGAAAUGUUCCGCAGCUUUCACUGUUGGCAUUUAUGUUUUUGUACUGUGAUAACUAUUUUCCUGUUUUCUUCUACUUUAAAAUAAUCGUGUUUAUUUACAUUUCUUGGUUUCUGUUUAACUCCUCAUGUACUUUUAAUCUGGUUUCUUUUUAUCUUGUAUAUUUAUUUUGGCAGUCGUAUGACCAUAAUAGGCUCCAGCAUAUGUACCGCAUUAAAAAUGUAAUGUUGUCAAAACUGUCGCAUGCAC